CGGCUUUCCUUCUGUUGACGCUAUGCUCAGGAAUGUGGGUGCGUGUUUGUGUGCAGACAUGUGUAUCUGGUUUAAAUGAUUAGAUGCAGCUGUGUUUACACGUUGUAGCUUAUAUUACCAUAUAUUGGCUGAAUUGUAGUGGAUGAAUCAAGGAGAUCAGUGAUUUUUCAAUGUUGAACAAAGAGCAUAUACAGUAGACUUCUGUCCCAGAGCUCAUUCAGGCGAUAAACUGGUUUGAAAUAAUAAAAAACAAACAUAAUUAUUGAAGAAAGUAAACAACUAACAUGUACAAAUGUUUCUCCAUUAGCAGAGAAUGAAAACACUGUUGAAUAAUGUAUUUGAUUUAUUGUUUUGCUCUCAUGUAUACAACAUUUUUCUGUUGUAAAAUGGAUGAAUCGCUCUGCGCAGGGCAGGAGACUCGUAGGACCGAGUUAAGGCUGUGUUGGUGUUAUAGUACCACUCUACACGUAAUAGAUAAUGAUUCACUAACAAAGUAACAAAUGUAUUAUGAUGACAGAUCUAUACAAUUAAGCUGAGAUUCACACCUACUGUAUUAAUCUAAAUAGAGCAAAACAAGCCUGUUUUAAAGUACUGUAUUCUACCACCUGCACUACUUUGAAAUGACAGAUGGCAUGCUUCUCAUCAGUUAGUUCUGCUGCAGAUCGGCUGUGUAACGAAUCACUCGUCCUCGUUUGUGUUGGAUGUAAAAGCGUGUGGCGGCAGAGGCUGCUUUGCUAGAUCAGCUCAGUCCCCAAUGAUGAGGGAGACGGACACGAAUAGAUCAGAGUUUAGUCUUGUAACAAAACAAACGGCCAGAAACGAUCCUCUGGGUGCUUUUCUAUCUCUCUUUUUCCAGCCAUAUUCAACUUCUGUCUUCCUUUUCUGUCUCUUAAAUCUGAACGUAACAGCCAAGUGUCCCUGUGAAAUCAAACCCUGGCUGUCUCAUGAUGGAUCUGACCUCUCUGAACUCACACUUCCUCCAUAAACUGCACUCACCCACCAUCGAUCUUGGAGUUACACGCCACCCGCUUCCUAAGCCGCUGAUCUGACUUGCUCUUUGAAACUCCAUUGUGUCUAUGUUGUUGUCUUUGUCCUGUUUCUACUGGGCUUGCCGCCUGUUUUAUGACUUAAUGCUGCCGGCAUUUUACAUUUUUUCCUCCUCUCUCUUUUGUCUUACUGUAUUUUGAAACCACUCUAUAUGUUGAAUGGACUCUGAAAUGUCCCACCAAUAGGUGAGUGAUGUCUGGACAGAAUAAGGAUGGCACUUCAAUCUCUUUUUAUCAUGCAAUGGCACUAAAAACGGCUUUCUUUUUACUUGAAAUAUCUCCGUGCCAUUACAUUGCAGACGUGGUUUGAAGGAGUUGUGAUGGAUGUUGUGACCACAGCCUCUCUCUGAAAGAGCAAACAACCAUUUUACAGUUGGACAUAUUGGUUUUUAUUUAGUUUUAGGUAUUCUUUUUCGCUUCGUUUGAUUGUUUUACAGUUUUACUCUCGUUUUAGUCAACACACAUUUUGUUAAAGCAUUUUAGUGGUGAAAUUUUAGUUAUUUUUUUAUUUAUUUCAGUUUUUUAAGCUUUCUGAGGAUAAAGUUGUUGCCAUCUUUAAAAAUACACUCUUUAUGGUUACAGGUGUUGUUCUCAUCUAUUGUGAGGUUAGAGAAAAAAGGCACUGUUUACCUGUUUAUACUCGACUGUAAUGUAAUGGUUCACACACACACUACCGCUGCUUCUUGACAGUAUGACAAGAAAGCGUCAGAACACUGAUUAGAUGAAAUGGUGGGUGGUAGUUGUUUACUUUUUUACAUUUUUUUUUUAUCAGAGCUGAUCGGACUAAUCCUUGAAUAUAGAAGAUAUAGAAUCUGUUUCCUUGCUGCUUGUUAUUAAUACUAUAUAUGUGAGUGUGUGUGUGUGUGUGUGUGUGUGAGAGAGUCUAAGCUAGAUAAUAUGCUUUGAAUAAUGUGCUUGUAUUGGUUUUGCAUCUUGUCUCUGACAUGGCUGUCUUGGUAUUAGACUAUUGUUUACUCAAUUUAUUGGAUAUAUGAAUGAUACUAAUCAUGACUCCAUAUAGUCAGUGUACAGCGCUAUUGAAGCCCUGCAUUGUUACAGGAUCCACGCUGCUUUACUGGGAUUAUUGUGCCGUCCUUUGUUGUACUGGGAUUGCUCUUCUCUUCAGUGGCUGCAUGCUGCAUGAAACUUGAAUUCAUUAAUAAGCUCACAUUGUGGUCCAGACAGUCGACACCCAUUUUCUCCCUGUCACUCGCUCUGUUGCCUUUCUGCUUUAUCAGCAGUAUGUUGAGAAAUUGAGAACCCAGAUGCAGGCAGGUCAUUAAAUCUUAAAUUAGGUAAAUGGUGUGCAAGGCGGUCAGCUAUGAAAAUAGAGGUUCAGUUUCCUCCUUUUUCAUCCUCUGGGUGGAUUUUGCUGGUCAGGUGAAGCUCCUUAUGCCAACUAAGAGAGCGGAGAGUGUUUUUCCCACAGCACUGCAAUCUGCCACAGUGGGCUGGAUACUGUUUUGUUGCUGUUGAAAGGCCACCACUGUUGGAAGCUCCAUUCUCUGUGAGUAAUAUUAGUUUGAAUUAUCUGUCUGGCAUUUUAUGCUACAGGCAGUGAGUGAUGAAAGCUUUUUUUUCUUUUAAUGAAGUUUCCCUUUCAGCCAAACUCAAAGCAAUAAACAUAGUUAUUUGUGAGCAUCUAUGGAUUGGUUAGUUCAUACCAGUGGAGCCGGUGACGUGUUUGACUUGAUGAUGAAGAUUGUAAGAACGAUGGAGAAGAAGUCACACUCAUUGGUGAGGACAGCUGAUAUGAAGCAGGUUUGUAAAGAGGGAUCAGUCCGUUCAUUCAGUUCACAGAAUAAUACUUGGUGCAUUAUGUCGUGAUAAUACUGAACCAAGUCUGAGUAGACACAAUUGUGAUGGAAAUGCCAUUUCAUAUGGCUAAAAACACGAAACACAGAAAAAAGUAGAAGGGCACUUGGAGAGCGCAGACCUCCACCAAGGUUGUUUCCAUAAGUGAAAAAUAUAGUUUGUAUCCGACCCGCAAUUCAGAUCUGCUCCGAAAUAUAACGGGUUCUUCCUUAGCCCAUGCUUCACCCUUUCAUUAAGUUUCAUCAUAAUCAGGCCAGUCGUUUUUCUGUAAUCCUGCUGACAAACCAAAAUGACAUGACGUCCUUGGCGAAGGUAAUAAACGACAGUACUUUAACAGGUUUCUAUUCAAGACAUCUACAGUCGAGGCAGCAUGUGAACCUUUGGUAUAACACUUUCUGUGAAAGGAACUGGACCUGCAGUUCAUCAUUGAAACCAUUUCUGCAACUACAAAGGUGCACUCAGUAGAAGCAGUCAAUGGAAGUAUAAAACCGGUAAUAAAAGGUGUUUUGAGAAAGUGGGAGUCAUCGCAACUACGAGAGAUCCUAUGCAGCCAUAGCUCCCAAAAUAUUAUGCAGUUUGCUGCAGCAGAAGGCGAAGUUGGCCGCCUUCACGAAACACAGAUGUGCACACUGAGUCACGGACUCACACAGUCACAAACACGAUCGAACACAUAACCUCUUCUCAGGGUUAUGCUUGGCGGAGAUAAGAAGGUAAAACGACUGUAAGGCUUGUUGAACUGCAAAGCACGUCUUAAAUCUUUGAAGACAUAUAUGUAACAUUGAAAACAUUACACUGCAAAUGAAGUUCAGGACAUUCAAAUCCUAUUUUCACGUUUGAACCUCAGUAUUCAGUUUUAAAACCAUACUCUUUCGAAACUAACUUCAACCAGUUUUAUUGUUUUGAUAUGUUACAUUAAUCUGACCUCAUACAACAAAAUGUAAAGACAUCUGUUUAGGAUCUGAAUCUGGUCAGGUCUCGCAUUAUGAUAAUGACACACUAGCACAAAAAUAAGUAAUAAGUAAAAAAUAAUUUCCUCCACAGUCUUUGGAAAGUCAGAGUCCUGAACUCAAGCCAAUUAAACUGUGCAUGCGAGACAUCCCACAAAUACCACUGAACUGAAACUAUACUUUAAUGAGCAAAUGUUCAAAACACUGCUCAUCUCUGCAGCUCUGGUCAGUGACCAUGGGAGCAUUUGUUAGAGGUUAUUGCUAAUAAUUAAUACUUAAGUAGCAUCUUUAGUCAGGACACAGAAAGGUACUUUUAUCCGUCGCACAAAGAUGCUACCUGGACUCCAGUUUUUUUUGAUGACUAAGAGCAAUCAGGGCCGGAUGAUUCAUUGCCCCAGCAUACCGAGAGUCAACUGUAAUUUCACUCUGCAGCGUCGGGCAUCGACAUGAAUGUUGCGUCUGUUUGUGAGAACUAAACCAUCAAGUGGAUGCAUGGGUUCUCUACUGUGAGCCAGUGCAGGCUGACGCAGGAAACAAUUCCUCUUGACUCUUACAUUAGUGGUUAAUUAAAGGUCUUCCACCUCCUUUGGAUAGGCGGGUUGUUAUCGUACCAAGAGGAGCGUCAGUCCAUUAGGUGGUCACAGUGUUGGCAUAAUGUGGUCUUGUGGCAUGGAUCAAUGGCCGCUGCUGCUGCUGGAAUUGACACAGCAAAAUGUUUUUAAAAGGUCUGAAACUCAGAAUGUUAUAAUGACUUUCUUCUCACAAUGAAACAUUUUUUCCUGAGAUGUUUGAACUGGUUUUAAUGAGCUCGGUGCUUGUGCAUUCAGGCCGUGCGGAGUGUUUGGGUUCCUGGAUUUUCCUGCACUAAUUUGCUUAAUGAAACUGUAACUCGUGCUCUUUAAACGCCCCUUACACUUUAGUUUGUCCCUCAGAUGGGUCGGCCUUCGUCUCUCAUCCAGUAAACAAACAGGGAAAUGUGGGGCUGAAUUUCUGAUGAACUUUGGGAUUUCAAAAGAAUAUCAUUUCAUAUUUUGGAGCAACUUAGGUUUCACUCCAGAUUCCAGUGCAUUUCUUAAAACGUGAUCCCUCUCAUGGAGAUAAUAUUAUAUAGAUUGGAGUCACCUAUGUUUAGAAAUAAAGGUGCUGUAUUUGUUGUAAUGUUCUAAAAGGGAAAUGUCGUAAAUAUAAUUUAGAUGCAAUUUAAAAACCCAUUUAUUGUAUGUAAAUAUGUGUUGGUACCUGAAAGAACAGUCUAACUAUAGAUACUGUAUAAUCAUCUCUGUGCUACUUGAUAAUCAACACAUUUAGUAGUUUACAAUGUGAAAUCAAAUACAGCAGUAUUACAGUUCUAUUAAGCACCACAUGGGAUUCAGACAACUUCAACAGUGACUUUAUUUACCCACACAUCAUCAUUUUUAUACACAAAAUGCAGCUCAAAGUGUUUAACAUUAACAAUAAUGACUGAAAACCAGAUGACAGAAAGAACAGAGUAUUUGACUACAACUUAAAAAUACACCCAAAAAGCCCGGAUACCCCCACACAGAGGCGUCUGUAUGCACCAGUCAGUGUUGGCUCUCUUUGCAUGGCUAAGCUCAACAGUAUUGAAGAAAAGAAAUGAUGAAGGUCAAGUGGGAAAUUAUUUGUUUCAUGCUUCGACGCCCCCCUUGAACAUGCCCCGGGACAUUUAGGGGAUGUUAUUUAUUUACCGUCCAACAAUCUUUCCCCGUCAGCACUUCUCUCGCCUCACUUACAGUCCUCAGCAGCCUCCCCCCCCCCCCCGUUACCUGUGUUUGCUGUUAUCGGGUGUUUUGCUGAACCAACACGCAUUGCACAGCAGACAAGCUUCAUGUGAUACUGUUGCAGUUUUCAAUCAAGGGAGGGACUCUGCAUACUGUUGGCCACAUUUCCACAGCUGAUUGUGUGCAUUGUAUUCAUGCUGUUGCCCAUGAAAGAAGGACUUGGUGUUUGUAUCAUGAAACAGUGACAGCCCGUGCUCUGCAGCUGUGGCCCAGAGGUAUUAAUAGCAUUACUGAUAACUUUAAGCUGUUAAAUAGAUUUGUGACUCGGGAGAAGCUGUCUUCCUUUGACUAUCACACCUCUAUCCAAAGUGAAGGGUUUCCUGUACAACUAACAUUCAGUGAUUAUUGUUAAUAACACCCUAAAGAGUAUGUUAAGGCCAUUGCCUCAACAACAUUUAAAAAAAUCUAUAUAGUAAGCAAUAAGCAUACAAAAAUGAAGGCCCUUGGAGCUGAAUAUUUCAUGACUAGAGGUAAUUAAAACUAAAGCUGUGGUCAGAAACUCAUAACAUAUUCAAACACGAGAUCACCAGAACAAGGUCUGAACAAUAAUGUCUGAAAUUAACUAAAACAAUAAGAAGAAUUGAAAACAAAAUCACAAACAAUGAACUUUUAUGUCAAUGAUGAUAACUGCGUUUUUUAAAACCUCAGCGUAUGACAUGUACUUGCUUGCGCUGGCUUUCUUUUCAUACGUUUGUCUGGAUUAGUUACAGUAUAACCUCUAAACGUUGAGCUGAUGGUUGGUUGGACCGACAUUAGAUCUCAUUGGCUGUCGUUGCUAUUUUCAGUUUAUGGGAUUCAGAUUAUUUAUGCACUAAAUACUGAAAUGGUGGUAUAUUUAGAUUUGCAGGGGAUUCACAAUACUGCUAAUGUGAUACAUUUGGUUUGUCGUCCAGCCCUUCGUCUGGGUGAUAAAUAAUUAUCACAAUUAUAUUAAAAAUAUUUUCACGAUCACAUUAUAACCAAAGUGAUCAAAGCAUUGAACUGUCUUCCAUUGUUACACAUUACAUGAGAUCAAACUCUUCAUACUUUAUGUGUAAAACAAAAAGUUCAAUAACAAAUUUUGAUUUGUCUUUUAUGAUAGCUUGCUCUAAAUCUAGAAUUUGACAAACGGAACAAAUCUGAUCGGAUAGGACACGGUCGUGCUGUACGUCAUGAUGUGAUUCAGCUGAAAGUGAAUGAGCAGCAUAUUUAUGAACUAUCGGCACUGCCCUACUUAGAGCUCACAGAAGCCCACAGUAAACUUGAGGAGAGGGUGACACUGAGUUACAGUCUGGUGGUGAUAUGUACACUGACGGUAAUAUUGGAAAGGUAACCUUCACCUGCUUUGAAAAGGGAGGCAGUGAGGGUUGUUACUGCAGCUCAGGGGAACGACAGUAUGAAUGAUGCUGUAUUGGUUGAGUCACACUGACCCGUCUGCAGGAGGUCAGAUUCAAAGUGGUCCAUCAGCGGCUGGUGAUCAGCACUGUAAACAGAUUCUGAUAUAUCAGAGGAAGGACAUGUCAAUCAAUGACGUAUGUUUUAUUUGACCUUUUGCACUUGUUCUAGAGUCUAUAUGUUGAAACUUAAUCUGAAAUCUUUUCAUCCCCCGCGUUUCAUCAUACAUAAUCUCCUGGUGGUGUCGUGUUAAAGUGAAAUAACAUUUACUUAAUACCAUCUCUGCCAUUUCGCUUUCCUGAAAUAGUUAGCUUUUUCUGUCUGGCUACAAAAAGCAGCAAUGCAUUCUGGUCCUAGUUGUGUUGAUGAGUGCUGGCUGCAGAGUUCUGUCUCCUCUCUGCUUCACUCACUCUCUCUCUUCCUCCCUCCCUCCCUCCCUCCCUCUCUCUCCCUUCCUCACCAAACUGCACUGCACUGAGAGAAGCAUGUGGAGGAGAAUUGUAAAUGUGCCGAGCUCUGUGAAUGUGUGUAUCCCGUGUGCGCGAGAGUUUCCGGAAGCAAGGGAAGCAAUGCACGAGAGGAGAUAGGAAUUACAGGAGGGAGCGCCCGGCAUCGCUCCCCUGUCUGUGUACUGUAUGUACGUGUGUGAGUAUGCAUGUAUGUGCGUGCACGCUGCAAUGCUGAACAGGGAAAGUCGCUGCCUCUGUCCCCUUCUCGCUGGGAUUAUGUAGAGGCCAAGGGCAACGUUGCGUCUCAGGGAGCGUGGAGUGGGAUCAGGCCUGCAGAGAGUGGGAUGAAGGGCCGGGGCUGCUGGGAGGCGGGGGCGGUCCGCUCCCUCUGCACCUCGGGCUGCCUGAGUAAAGUCAACCAGGAUGACUCGGGGGACGAGGAGCCUACAUCCCAGUCGGACCGCAGCGAGAUUCAGGGCACCCUGAAGAUACUCGUCAGCAAGCUCGACGACCUCAGCACAUGUAAUGAUCUGAUCGCGAAGCACGGGGCGGCCCUGCAGCGUUCCCUGAGCGAACUCGAGGGUCUGAAAGUCCCUGUGGAGGGAGGGGAGAAGAUCAAGGCAGUCAACGAGCGAGCCACCCUCUUCCGCAUCACUUCCAAUGCUAUGAUCAAUGCGUGUCGAGACUUUCUGGACCUAGCAGAGACUCACAGCAGGAGAUGGCAGCGGGCUCUGCAGUAUGAGCGAGAGCAGCGCACCCACCUAGAGGAGACCAUUGAGCAGCUAGCCAAGCAGCACAACAGCCUGGAGCGAGCGUGGCGAGAAGCACCCACACUUGUUUCCACCACACCCAGCGCCCCUACCACCAACAAGGGGGGGAGUGGGAGGCUGCGCAAAGAAGAGGCGAGUGAUGAAGAUGAGGAUACUGAGUACUUUGAUGCCAUGGAGGAUUCCCCUGCAUUUAUCACAGUGACUGCCACUGAGAACACACAGCACAGGUGUUCUCAGAGUAAUUUGAGUGGAGCAAGCGGAGGUCAACCCAAUGACUGUAACCAGGACGACCAUAUGUCUCCAAGCUGUAACGAUGUGUCGGGGAAGGAGCUGCAGCCUCGCAGACAGAGGCGCACACAUGUCCCAGACAAGCCCAACUACUCCCUCAAUUUGUGGAGCAUCAUGAAGAACUGCAUCGGCAAGGAGCUCUCCAAAAUCCCCAUGCCUGUGAACUUCAACGAGCCUUUGUCGAUGCUGCAGCGUCUCACCGAGGACCUGGAGUAUCAUGAGCUUCUGGACAAGGCGGCGCGCUGCGACUCCUCCAUGGAGCAGAUGUGCCUGGUCGCCGCCUUCUCCGUCUCGUCCUACUCCACCACGGUCCACCGGACAGCUAAGCCCUUCAACCCCCUCCUGGGUGAGACCUACGAGCUCGAUCGAAGGGAGGAGUUCGGCUACCGCUCGCUGUGUGAGCAGGUGAGCCAUCACCCCCCUGCAGCUGCACAUCAUGUGAUUUCCCAACGAGGCUGGACCCUGUGGCAGGAAAUCACCAUCGCCAGCAAGUUCCGUGGCAAAUACCUCUCCAUAAUGCCUCUGGGUGCCAUUCACUUGCAGUUCCACUCCAGUGGGAACCAAUACGUGUGGAGAAAGGUCACCUCCACAGUGCACAACAUCAUUGUGGGCAAGCUGUGGAUUGACCAGUCGGGGGACAUUGAGAUUGUGAAUCACAGGACCAAGGAGACCUGUCAACUCAAGUUUUCUCCCUACAGUUAUUUUUCCAGGGACGUUCCACGGAAGGUGACAGGUGUGGUGGCAGACAGUGGGGGUCAGGCUCACUACGUCCUCUCUGGUACGUGGGAUGAUAAAAUUGAGAGUGCCAAGAUCAUUCAGAGCAGCCGAGGGGGCAGCGGAUCAGAGGGCAAGCAGAAGACGGUCUAUCAGACGUUGUCUCCCAAGCCGCUGUGGAAGAAAUACCCUCUCCCGGAGAACGCUGAGAACAUGUACUACUUCUCAGCGCUGGCACUGACCCUAAACGAGCAGGAGGACGGAGUGGGAGUGACCGACAGCCGUCUGAGACCAGACCAGAAGCUGAUGGAGGAAGGGAGAUGGGAUGAGGCAAACUCAGAAAAGCAGAGGCUAGAGGAGAAACAAAGAGCCGUGAGGAGGAGGAGGGAAGCGGAGGCCACAGAUGCUCUGGAUGAAGAGUGUGAUUAUGACUCUGGGAAAGAAUAUGAAGGCUACCAGCCGUUGUGGUUCCACCAGAGGAGGGACUCAGUCACUGGAGAAACAAACUUUGUGUACAAGGGAGGUUACUGGGAGGCAAAGGAGAGGCAGGACUGGAGCAUGUGUCCUAACAUCUUCUAACCCAGGAACGCACUCCGGAUCACACCUAACCUCAUCGGACAAGGGAACUGCUCUGCCUCUGCUCCUUCAGCAAUGGGGCGUAGCACCAUGUGGACCUGUAGUGGGCAUGAGAAUGUGUAUGUUUCACACACUCUCGGAUUACCUCCAAAUGUACACUCUGUUUUUACUAUGGGGAAAAAGAAGGGGCGCCCCCCUGAGUCUUUGACACUAUACUGAAACAGCAGUGAGAUAAUGUGUGGAUGUGAGUCGGUGUUGGAGUUGUGGCACAACACAACAAAAGGCACCUGCACACUCCUGAGAUCAGGUGCUCCAUAAAUCUUACUCACAAUGCACUUUUCUGUGUUCACCCGAUUUAAGAGUUUUUAGCGAUUGGAC